AUGAUCUGUAUUUGUUGUAGAGUUCUGCUCUGUUCGUUUGUCGAGCAUCGGAACUACAAAAUUGUGUAUAGGCGCUAUGCAUCGUUAUUUUUCUUGGUUGGAGUAGACAAUGAAGAAAACGAGCUUGCAAUUUUGGAAUUUAUCCACCUACUAGUGGAAACUAUGGAUCGCCAUUUUGGCAAUGUGUGUGAGCUGGACAUAAUGUUUCAUUUGGAAAAAGCACACUUCAUGCUGGAGGAAAUGGUGAUGAAUGGUUGUAUUGUUGAAACCAGCAAGGCUAAUAUUCUGAGUCCAAUACAGCUGAUGGACAAAGCAUCAUAA